AGCGGGGAGGCUACGAGGGGACGUCGUGUCGCCGCGCCGGGUCUCGAGCAGCUGCCGGAGUCGCCGGACUGACCGCCGCCCCCGCCGCGCCAUGGCCGAGAGCGACUGGGACACCGUGACGGUGCUGCGCAAGAAGGGCCCUACGGCCGCGCAGGCCAAGUCCAAGCAGGCCAUCUUAGCGGCUCAGAGACGAGGAGAAGAUGUGGAGACAUCCAAGAAAUGGGCUGCUGGUCAGAACAAGCAGCAUUCGAUAACCAAGAACACGGCCAAGCUGGACCGGGAGACAGAGGAGCUGCACCAUGACAGGGUGACCCUGGAGGUGGGCAAAGUGAUCCAGCGGGGCCGGCAGAGCAAGGGGCUGACGCAGAAGGACCUGGCCACGAAAAUCAAUGAAAAGCCGCAAGUCAUCGCAGACUAUGAGAGUGGACGGGCCAUUCCAAAUAACCAGGUUCUGGGCAAAAUUGAGAGAGCCAUUGGCCUCAAGCUCCGAGGCAAGGACAUCGGAAAACCCAUCGAGAAGGGGCCUCGGGCAAAAUGAGCACAAAGCCUCGAAGCCAGUGCGUUCCGGCUGAGCUCUUCUGGCUGGUCCCCUGACCACCAGCACUGCCGUGGGUCUCUUCACAUGGCCGAGCGGAACACGGGGGUUAGGCCUGCGGGCCCCCUCCACCCAUACCUGCUGUCAAACAAAGCAAAACCUUGCAAAGUG